AUGUUUGUUUUAAUAAUGGUAAUUUUACUUUAAUUACCCUUCCAAAACCAAGCUUAAAGAUUAAAACUUUAAGGACCGAAGCCUAUAUAUAUGAAUUGCAUAUAAAUAGAUGAAAGUUUUAAGAAUUUAAUAUAUUGUAGUAGAGAAUGGCUUUGUGGGAAGCUAGUACUUUUACGAGUACCUUUCAUAAUCUGGAAAUGUGCUAAAUCUUGAUAAGAUUACAUUCACCUUAUGGAUAAACAUAUAUUAAGUAUCAAAAUUGACUGGAAAGUAAAUUUUGUUUGCUUUCGUCGAUGGCAACACAAAUAAUCCUGUAAAGAAUUAAUUCAUAUUAGUAUAUUAAUUUAAUGUUGUAUUAUUAAACAUCUGCUGGAAAUUACAAUAUGACCUUAUUGAAUUAGAGGUAAUCUCCAGAAAUCGUUAAUUUAACAAAGUAUACAUUUUAUAUAUUCAAGGUAAAAUGAUCUUUAUAUUGGCAGUUGGUGUCAUAUUGUAUUAUCUAUAGAUUAGAGCACAAACAAUACAUUUAUUAAUUUGAAAUUCUUUUCUACAAUUGAUUGGAAGAUGAAUUCAAUUUAAGAGACUUUAGUUAAUUAAAAGUAAUUAAUUUUGUUAUAAAUAGAUUAAAGUAUAAUUUUGGGGUGCAUUCUAGAAUAACAAAUGAGUAAUUAUUUAACACUUCUACUGAUUACAAAGCAUGUGUAAACAUUGCUAAUUUUUAUUAUAUCAAUGGAUGGACAACAAUGGAUUCAGAAAUUUAUUUGGACUAUGAUUUAGAAUUGAAAUACUUUCUCAAACCCUAUUCGCUAAAAGGUCUUAAUGUUACAGAUUAAUUUACGAAUGUAGCUCUAAGAUAAUAGUCCAACCCAAUAUUUUAUAGUGAUUCUGUUGGUUUGCUGUUGUUUAAGAAUACUCGGAUAGUAUACAAUUUUAUGGAGGAUUUAGGUUCCUUAACAAUAAUGUUUUGGAUUAAACCAUAAAAUAUAAUAUCACUUUUUUAGUUUAUUUCUUUGACUGAUGAUGCAUUGCAGCAGACAAGUCUAGGUUUUGGAGUAAAUUUUGACUAUUAAUUAUAAUUUCAUCAAAAUUAUAGUAAUUCCCCCCUAGGUUAACUAGAAAAUAGCGCUUGGUCUCAUGUGACAGCUGGUGUUUUAGAGUUAAGUUAUAAUGCUGAUUUUAUUCCAACCAAUUAAAAAAAGCUAUUAAGAGUUUAUAUUAAUAGCAAUUAGGUUUCAUAGAAAAUCAUAUAAAAUUUAAUUGCAUAUAAAAGAUUAAUAUUUGGACCAAUAUUUACAGAUGAUCUUGGAACUGAAAUGAUUGAUAUUUAAGACAUCAGAAUUUUUAAAGGUUAUGGCAUUAAACAGGGCCAAGGGGAUUGCUUAUUAUUUGUUGGUGCAUAUUGUGCAUUCUGUUCAUCUAAAACUCAUUAUUGCAAAGAACAAGAUCCAAAUGAUGAUGAAAAUAUUUAUAAUUGUACAGCUGGCUUUAAAGAAACUUAGAAUAGUUGUUCUCCUAUAACAAUCUAGAAUUGUCUUAGACAAUAAGGAUCAGCUUGUAUAAAUUGUGCAGAUAAUUAUAAAUUAUAAAGCGGAUAAUGCUAUUAGAUAAAUCCUUUAGUGUCUCCAUAUACUUGCUCAGAUCCUAAUGCAAUAUUUUGUAAAAGAAACAUAUAAAAAUCUAUUAAUGAAUGGAGCAAACUUUGUCAACCAAAUUUUAGCAUUUAGAAUGCUACAACUUAUUGCCAAUAGAAUUCAUCAAGUACUUGCUAAUAGGCUUAAUUCUUUAGAGCUUGCUAUAUAUGCAAAGAUGGCUAAUAUUUAACAGAAUUUAAUACAUGUUAAGAGACUUGUACAGAAAAUUACAGAUUUUAGUCAAAUCGAGUUUGCUUAAAAAAAUGCCCAGGAAAAUAUUUAUACAAGUAAAAUUGUAAGAAUACAGAAUUACCCCCUACGUAUGAAUGUAGAAGUACGAAUAAAUGCAAAGAGAGCGAAAAGGAUAUUGGCUAUUAUUGUCUAAGUGAUAAAGAAUAAACUAAAAAGUACUAAAAAUGUGAGGAGCGUGACUCAAGACAGGAUAAAUGCAACUAACUCUGUUUAUAUUGCUUUGGUGGGAAGGAUAAUCAAUGUUUGGGUUGUCAAAAAAAUUAUUUCUUUAGUCCUUAUGAUACAACUUGUGUGAAAGAUUGCAAUAAUCUUAAAAUAUUUAAAUAUAAUAAUAGAGAAACAAUGGUUUGUGAAAUAGAAUGCCCACCAUCAUAUUUAACAUAGGAAUUAGAAUGUGUUAAGAGUUGUAAAGUUGGUUAUGCUGUCUAUAAUAAUACAGUAUGCCUACCAUAAACUCAAAUUACAGAUAAUUUCUUAAUGACUUACUCUGAUUCUUACCCAUCAAAAACUAUAUUUGUUGAUUGCCCUCAAAUUUGCUAAACAUGCACUAAUUAAACCUUUUGUACUCGUUGUCUAAAUCAUUACAUUUUAAACCAAAAUAAAUGUCUUAUAACAUGCUAUCCACAAUAUCUAUAUAUUGAUGAAGAUGAUGUUGGUCAUUGCUUAACUAGCUGUGAUCCAAAUGAUUUUGUAUACGAUAAUGCUAAUAUUGAAGGAUAUUCUAUUAGACAAUGCUUCAAAAAUAAAUGUGGCUCAAUUUAGAUUAAUUAGAAGCAAUAAACUUAUUUACAUUAAACGAAACCUCUUACUUGUAUGUAUCCAUGUGAUGAUCAAUAUUAUUUUCAAUAAAACACAGAUUAAUGCUCUAAAUGCAACUCAAUUUGCUAGAAUUGUUAAAACUCAGCCAAUUUUUGUACUAAAUGCUGGCCAGGAACUUUUCUUUAAGACAAUAGUUGCUUCACUUCUUGCCAAUCUAAAUUUAAGAAUUACAUGAAUAAUCAAUGUGAAGGCUCAUGCUCUAGCGGAUUUACUAUUAAUGACAGUAAAAUUCAAGCCUGUGUCUCUUUUUGUGGGGAAAUAUUUUCUAAUUUUACCUAUGUACUCAAUGGUCAAUGUUAUCAGAAUCCUCCCACAACUGGAGCAUAUUGCAUAAGAUAAUGGUGUUAAAAUUGCUUUUAUAAAUGCAAGACUUGUUCUGGUCCAUAAAGUAAUUAAUGUUUAACCUGCUAUGAUAAAACAUUUCUCUUAAAUAAUUAGUGUGUGCUAGAUUGUGGUGCUAAGUUUUAUGAUUUGUUAAAUUGGAAAUGUGUCGAAGUUUGUCCAAACAAUACUUAUGCUACCUCUGGUUAUGAGAGUAUUAAUUCAGAUUUAAAACUAGGCAACUUCUGUUCCUCAACCUGCUUAUAUAAUUAGUUUUAAUAUAAGGGUUAAUGUACUGAUAUCUAACCAGAAAACACCUUCUAUAUACAGAAGACUAAUUAUAGAUUAUGCGGUAAAUGCACAGAAGCAUGUAAAACAUGUUUUGAUUCCUAUUCGACCACUUGUAGCAAAUGCAAUCCAGGAUUUUAUUUAUAUAAUACUACUUGCUCUACCGAAUGUUCUGAUGAUAUUCCCUAUAAAGAUACACUUAAUAAUUUAUGUGUUGUUACUUGCAUAAGUUAUUAAGAAAAUGGAUAUUGCGUUGCUAGCUGUUCAGAUAAGUAUUACAGGUAUGAUGCUCAGAAAUAAUGUAAUGAAUUUGGUUGUCCUAAAGGAACUUAUAAUUAAGUUUCUACACAUAAUUGCUAUGCUUGUGCACCUGGAUGUGCUACUUGUACGAAUGGAUUGUCAAAUUCAUGUAACACAUGUAUAGAAGGAUAUUUUCUACAAGGUACAUCAACAUGUACGAAUGAGUGUAAUGUGGAUCCAGAUAUUUUUUAAGAUUGGAUUACUGGAAAAUGUGUUGAAUAGUGUCCAACUGGGGCUUACUUGUAAACUUUACCUAGUGGGUCCCUAGCAUGUAAAGUAACUUGCCCUAUUUAUUAUUAUUCAAAUGUUUGUGUUGCAACCUGCCCUCCUCAAACUUUUUCUGAUGGAAAUAUCUGUACUUCAUGUGCAGAACCUUGCACUGUUUGUUUUGGUAAAUAAGUUAACCAAUGCACAAAAUGUGAUUCUGGAUAUUAUUUGGCUGAUACUACUUGUGUCGAAGUAUGUCCAAAUACAAUACCAUAUGCAAAUCUAGCUAAUUAGACUUGUGUCUCAACAUGCCCAGAUUUCUUGUAUUUAGCUAAAAAACUCUGUUUUAGCUCUUGUCCAGGUUUCUUAGCUAUUUAUCAAUUAAAUGGGAAAAAAGAAUUUGUUGAUUAAUGCUAUUAUUCUAAAUCUUAUUUAUCUGCAGGAAUUUGUUUACCAUGCAUUUCUAUUUGUAAAGAAUGCUAUGGACCUUUAAAUGGAAAUUGUUUAGAAUGUGAAUCACCUUACUAUUUAUAUCAAUAAAAAUGUUAAUCGGCUUGUCCAUCAUAAUUAUACACUGACUUAGCAGAUAAGACUUGCAAAGAAUCCUGUCCAUCCACUACGGUUAUAUAAGGUUAGUAUUGUAAGCCCAAUUGUGAUAUCAAUUAUUCUUAGUAUGGUUAGCUUUGCGUCGCAAUAUGCCCAAAAUUUACAUACAAAUUAAAUUCAAAAUGUUUACUUUGCAAUUCUUUAUGUAGGACUUGCAACGGACCCUUAGUAAGUUAAUGUUAAUCUUGCAUAGAAAACUAUCUAUUAAAUAGUAGUACUUGCACAUAAACCUGCCCAAACCUAGAUGAUUUCGAGACUUAAAAAUGUGUCAGCACUUGUGGUACAAAGUAUGAAUUAACUGAUCUCAAAAGUUGCGUGACAACUUGUCCAAAGGGAUAUUUAAAAUGUAAUAAAAAUUGUUUGAAAACUCCACCCGAUGGGUAUUAUUCAGAUGGAGUAAAUUGCAUUUAAUGCAAUAGCAGAUGUGCCAAAUGCACAUCCCUAAAUGUAUGCUAAGCAUGCAAUAAAAACAACUUUCUAACUUUAUAAACCUGUGCUAGUUUUUGUAUGAAUAAAUAUCUUUAUAUGGAUCCAACAACAUAGACUUGCGUUACAAAAUGUCCACCAUAACUUUACCAUUAAGAAUCCUAUGAUAAAAGGGGUUGUGUUGAGGAUUGUCUCUUUGGCUUUAAAUUUAAUAAUUAAUGUGUUAAUUCUUGUCCAAAAGGAAUGUAUGUUAAGAAUAAUUUCUGUAUAAGUUGCCCUUAGACUUGCGAAGAAUGUACUUCAGCAACAAAUUGCACUUUAUGUGGUAAAGAUUAUUUUUUAGAAAAUGGACUUUGUUAGUUAAGUUGUUUAGCUGGUAAAACUGAUUAUAAAAACCAUACAUGUGUCUCAUAAUGUGAUCCAUCAUUAUUUGAAUAUCAAAAUUAAUGUUUAGAAAGUUGUCCCACAAAUCCAGUAGUUUAUUAUCAUUCAAAUAUUUGUAUGGAUGCAUGUCCAAAUAGUACAUUCUAGAACAAUUAAGAAUGCUUGGAUUGCGAUGUUUCAUGUUCAUCAUGUGUAGGCCCAUCAAACAAUGAUUGCUUAGUUUGCAAAGAAACCUACUAUUUACUUGACUAAAAAUGUAUUCUCUCUUGUCCUUAUCUAUAUAAUGAAGUAGAAAGAUCUUGUGUUAUUUCUUGUCCUCCAAAUUUUUUUUAGAAUGGGAGUAGGUGUUUUUAGAUUUGUAGUUAAUACAUGUACUUUGAUACUUGUGUAUCAAGCUGCCCACCAGCAACAUACCAUUCAAAAAAUUUUAACUGUUAUGAUUGCUCUUAGGAUUGUCUUGAAUGCGAUUCUUUUGGCUGUCUUAAAUGCGGAAAUGGAUCAUUUUUAAAUGACGGAAUUUGUAGUAAUUAUUGCCCAUACUUUUACAACAUUAUCUUAAAUCAAUGCGAGGAAUAGUGUCCAAAAGGAACAUUUCUUUAUAUCGAUCAAUGUUAUGCAUCCUGUCCAAUCAAUACUUAUACAUAUUUGUAAACAUGCCUUUUAGACUGUCCUUGGAAAACUGUUGCAAUAGAUUCUAUAUGCUACUAAUGCCCAGAGAGAUGUUUAGUAUGUAAAAAUUAAUAUGAAUGUAUGAAUUGCGAACCACCUUAUUACGAAUAUAAAGGAGAAUGUGUAGUCGCAUGUCCAAAAGUACUUCCCUAUUAGAAUAAAGUUUACCAUGUAUGUUAAUCAGAAUGUUCUCCAAAUACAUAUGAAAAAGGAUAUGAUUGUAUUAAAGAAUGUGAUUUAAUUAUCCAUUAGAAUAAAUGUUUAAAAUAAUGUCCCUACGGAUAUUAUGGUAAUACUAUAUGCAAAGCAUGUAAAUUGGAGUGUAAGGCUUGCACUGAUUUUAAUAUAUGCACAGAAUGCUAAGACAAUUUUUACCUUGAGCAUAAUUCAUGCGAGACAUUAUGUACAAGAAUCAAAGAUUUGAAAUAAAAGAAGUGUGUUGAUUCAUGUUCCUUGCUUUUAUAUCAAAAUGUAUGCUAUGAAACUUGUCCUGUAAACACAUAUUAAUAUGCAAAUACUUGUCUACAAAAAUGUUAAGAUGGAUAUUUUGGUUCGACAGAAUUCAAAUGUGAACAAUGUCCUUCUUAAUGUAUCACAUGCUUAACGUUUAAUUAGUGUAACAAUUGUAAAAUUGGAUAUUAUUUAUAUCAGCAAUAAUGUUUAGAAUAAUGUCCUGAUAAAUCAUUUUCAAAUCCAUUAAUCGGUUAAUGUUCAUAAUCAUGUCCAGAUAAAACUUAUCUUAUUAGAAAUUAAUGCUUGUAUGAUUGUCCAGGCGAUUAUUUCAACGACACUGAAAGUUAUAAAUGCGUUUUAUCUUGUAAAAAGCAACAAUAUCUUAAUAAAAACAGUUGUUAUCCCUGCUCUUUUGAAUGUGAUUAAUGCACAGCAUAUGGAAAUUAAAAUUGCAUAGCAUGCGCAACUAAUUACGUUUUAACUGAAGAUGGACGUUGUUUUGGAAGAUGCAAAGCAGGUUAUUAUUAAACAUCAAAUUCUUGUGAAAAAUGCUUACAUAAAUGCCUAACUUGUUAAAAUGGUACAGAAUGUUUAUAAUGCAGAGGAAAUAACAGAAAUCAACUUGAUUGCUCAUGUCCAAAAGGAUUUUAUGAUGAUCCAUUUUAUGAUAAUUGUUAAAUAUGUCCAUGUGAGGAAUGUACUUCUGAAUCUCGGUGUCUAGUAUGCAAAAAUAAUCUCUAAGUUCCCAACUGUUCAUGCAACAGGAGACUUAAUGAAGAUUGGUGUAUUACUUGUCAAAUAGGAUCUGUCAAUAUAUAGUUUUCCGACGACCUAAAUUCAAUAAUAGUUUAUUUUGGAUAUUUGAUAUCUGUUAAUUUAAUUAACCCUUUCUAACCCUCAAGUUGUUCUUUUUGGUUUAAUAAAGCUGAAAUAUUUGGAAAAGAUGCUUAAUGCUAUUUGUCAUGGGACAGGUAUGUGGUUCACAUCUUAUUGGAGCCAUACGCUUCUGUAAAUAUUGGAGAUAAAUUGAGUUUCUAAUAAUCUUUCUAUCGAGAUGUGAAUGAAGGUCUUUGUGAUAGAUAAUACAUUGAGACAUUUAUUGAUAGUACUGUGAAGGGCCCAUCAGCUUUAACUAAGCCUUAUGUACUUUUUGAUGUGCCAUCUGUUGUAAGUACUUGUAAGACAAUUGAAGUUAAAUAAAUUUUACUGGGUGGAACAGCAAAGAAGAUUCAAAAAGUAUUAUUUUGGACUCUUCACGAAAUGGAUAAUGAGAAUAAUUAUUUAUAAAUGGAUGCAUUUUUGGCAGGUUAAAAGAAUGAAUUCAUUAUUCCUAUAGGUACCCUAGCCUCUAAUGUUACUUAUACCAUAACAGCCAAAUAUAUAAAUUUUAUAAAUAGAGUGAAUUUCACAACCUUCACAUUCACUACACUACCAGACCUAGUUCCUUAUGUUUUUCUAUAAUAUAAUCCUUUGAGGGCUAGGAUUUAUGUUUUCGAUUGUAAAAACACAUAUUCUGAUAUGGAAAAUGAAUUUAAUUUGGCCAUUCAAAUUUCUGAUUCCGAUAAUAGAACUUACAUUUCCAUAUAGCAAUCCAUUAACCCCAUUUAUGAAGUCCCAUUAAAUGAAUCUCUAUUACCNUGUCCAAAAGUACUUCCCUAUUAGAAUAAAGUUUACCAUGUAUGUUAAUCAGAAUGUUCUCCAAAUACAUAUGAAAAAGGAUAUGAUUGUAUUAAAGAAUGUGAUUUAAUUAUCCAUUAGAAUAAAUGUUUAAAAUAAUGUCCCUACGGAUAUUAUGGUAAUACUAUAUGCAAAGCAUGUAAAUUGGAGUGUAAGGCUUGCACUGAUUUUAAUAUAUGCACAGAAUGCUAAGACAAUUUUUACCUUGAGCAUAAUUCAUGCGAGACAUUAUGUACAAGAAUCAAAGAUUUGAAAUAAAAGAAGUGUGUUGAUUCAUGUUCCUUGCUUUUAUAUCAAAAUGUAUGCUAUGAAACUUGUCCUGUAAACACAUAUUAAUAUGCAAAUACUUGUCUACAAAAAUGUUAAGAUGGAUAUUUUGGUUCGACAGAAUUCAAAUGUGAACAAUGUCCUUCUUAAUGUAUCACAUGCUUAACGUUUAAUUAGUGUAACAAUUGUAAAAUUGGAUAUUAUUUAUAUCAGCAAUAAUGUUUAGAAUAAUGUCCUGAUAGAUCAUUUUCAAAUCCAUUAAUCGGUUAAUGUUCAUAAUCAUGUCCAGAUAAAACUUAUCUUAUUAGAAAUUAAUGCUUGUAUGAUUGUCCAGGCGAUUAUUUCAACGACACUGAAAGUUAUAAAUGCGUUUUAUCUUGUAAAAAGCAACAAUAUCUUAAUAAAAACAGUUGUUAUCCCUGCUCUUUUGAAUGUGAUUAAUGCACAGCAUAUGGAAAUUAAAAUUGCAUAGCAUGCGCAACUAAUUACGUUUUAACUGAAGAUGGACGUUGUUUUGGAAGAUGCAAAGCAGGUUAUUAUUAAACAUCAAAUUCUUGUGAAAAAUGCUUACAUAAAUGCCUAACUUGUUAAAAUGGUACAGAAUGUUUAUAAUGCAGAGGAAAUAAUAGAAAUCAACUUGAUUGCUCAUGUCCAAAAGGAUUUUAUGAUGAUCCAUUUUAUGAUAAUUGUUAAAUAUGUCCAUGUGAGGAAUGUACUUCUGAAUCUCGGUGUCUAGUAUGCAAAAAUAAUCUCUAAGUUCCCAACUGUUCAUGCAACAGGAGACUUAAUGAAGAUUGGUGUAUUACUUGUCAAAUAGGAUCUGUCAAUAUAUAGUUUUCCGACGACCUAAAUUCAAUAAUAGUUUAUUUUGGAUAUUUGAUAUCUGUUAAUUUAAUUAACCCUUUCUAACCCUCAAGUUGUUCUUUUUGGUUUAAUAAAGCUGAAAUAUUUGGAAAAGAUGCUUAAUGCUAUUUGUCAUGGGACAGGUAUGUGGUUCACAUCUUAUUGGAGCCAUACGCUUCUGUAAAUAUUGGAGAUAAAUUGAGUUUCUAAUAAUCUUUCUAUCGAGAUGUGAAUGAAGGUCUUUGUGAUAGAUAAUACAUUGAGACAUUUAUUGAUAGUACUGUGAAGGGCCCAUCAGCUUUAACUAAGCCUUAUGUACUUUUUGAUGUGCCAUCUGUUGUAAGUACUUGUAAGACAAUUGAAGUUAAAUAAAUUUUACUGGGUGGAACAGCAAAGAAGAUUCAAAAAGUAUUAUUUUGGACUCUUCACGAAAUGGAUAAUGAGAAUAAUUAUUUAUAAAUGGAUGCAUUUUUGGCAGGUUAAAAGAAUGAAUUCAUUAUUCCUAUAGGUACCCUAGCCUCUAAUGUUACUUAUACCAUAACAGCCAAAUAUAUAAAUUUUAUAAAUAGAGUGAAUUUCACAACCUUCACAUUCACUACACUACCAGACCUAGUUCCUUAUGUUUUUCUAUAAUAUAAUCCUUUGAGGGCUAGGAUUUAUGUUUUCGAUUGUAAAAACACAUAUUCUGAUAUGGAAAAUGAAUUUAAUUUGGCCAUUCAAAUUUCUGAUUCCGAUAAUAGAACUUACAUUUCCAUAUAGCAAUCCAUUAACCCCAUUUAUGAAGUCCCAUUAAAUGAAUCUCUAUUACCAAAGGAAACCCCAUUACUUUUUGUUGCAUCAACAAGAAACUCUGUCAUUCAAGAAAAGUUUUAUCUAAAAUCCAAAAAGAUUGACAUUUAAUUUCUUUAGAAGGAUAGAUUCAUUGGAUUAGACAAUUAAAUUAAUGCAAGAGCCUUUGAUAGAAAUAUAUAAGAUGAAGUGUUAAGUACAUUAAAUAUUGAAUAUUAAUGGUAGUGCAAUAAUCUAUUCAAUUUAUAACCUUGUAAGACAGAAGAAAAUAAAAUAAUGGAAUUUCCAUCCAGAAGAAUUGCUGACAUUUUUGCAGAUAGUUAAAAUACUACUUUUGUCUUCUUUGUUAAGGCAUCGAAAGAUAAUAGAUGGACAGUAAAAGAGCAAUUGAUAGUUGUCACAGAUUUUGAAAUCGAGGAAGAAUUUGUAUUAAAUUAAGAAAUCCCUCAAAAAGCUGUCAAUCUUAAUGAUGAAAUAACUAUUUUAAUUAGAAAUAAUUAAAAACAUGCUUUCGUUAUGUAAGAAUUCAAAAUUUUGGCAUCUAUCAAAACUACAGGAUAAACUGUAAAGUUUAGGCUCACAGGAUUAACAACCAAUUACAAUAGUCCUGUGUACAUAUAUCUAGUCCCAGGCAAUGAAUCUAUAGCAUUUCAGCUAAACAGCCCUCCUUCAGAAGUUUAAUUCAAUUUAAAUCCUAUUCUAGGCGAAUCUUUAGAUUACUUUAACUAUUCUAUGCAAAACUUUCAACCAGAAAAUACUUUUAGCAUUUAUUACUAUUUUGACAAGCUUACUCUCUAAAAUGAUGUAAACCUAUAAUCAGUCAAUAAUGGCAUCCCCUUGGUGAUUAAUUCACAAGAAUUGACAGGUUCCUUCUAACUUCCAAAUGGAAUUAUUGAUGAUGCAAUAUCCGUACUUUUUUAAAUUGAAUCAGCAAUGGGAUCAAAGUCCUAUUUAGUAUAGGAUAUUCAAGUCAAUAGAAAAAAUUAUCAGACAAAUAAAUUAUACUAAUCCUUCAAUAAUCAAACUAAUUUUUCAAAUUUGCAAAGUAUUCAUACUAUGACUAAAUUAAUGGAAAUUGAAUAAUAAUAGGUAUGCUUGAAACAAUGUUCAGGAGUUGGUACAUGCAUCGACAAAAAGUGCAAAUGCCCUCCAGAAUAUUAUUUUGAUGAUUGCAGUGGAAACAUAGAAGAGUACAAUAAUUUUAGUAGCCUUAUUUUAAAUGCUUUGCAAUAAUUAAUUAAAAUUCCAAUAAAAAAUGAUGAUGAGUUUAGAUUAUUUAGCUAAUCUUUAUUGUAUUUAUCCACUCUAAAAGAUUUAAAUAAUACAAUUUCAAAUUCAGAUUGCUAAAAAAUAUUAGAAUAAUACAUUUAAAAUCUUAAUUCAAGAUUAGAAAAAAUCAACCAAUAUUCAAUUAAUCUUUAAUAUCAGUCUACUGCUUAUCUGAAUUACUCUCAAAUUGAUAUAAGAUCACUGGAAAAUUAGAAUGAUUUAUACACAGCCUUAAAGAGCACAGUAUUUAUGUGGGCUAAAACUUUAUUUACCGAAGACUCUGCUGUCUAUUAAUUGCAAAGUCGGUUAAAAAGCUUUUUGUCAGCCAUAAUAGAAUUAUCUCUAUUUGGUAUUGAACUUAAUGGAUCUAUCGAUUACUCAUUUGAUACUGCCUUUUUAAAAAUGUAACGAAUUAAAAAUAUAUCCAAUAUCGCAAAUGGAAGACUAUUAGUUGAAUCUACUGAAGAUAAUUCCAGAGAUUCCGAAUACUAUGACGUCGUUUAAUCUAUAUAUAUUCGAAAUUACUUUGCUUUUGAUGGUUACUAUCCGUAUCCCUUAUAAUUAUAUCCACUUUAUGAUUACUAAAUACGUCAAUAGAAUAGAAAAUAAAAUAUUUAAUUAUAAACAUAUAUCUCCUACAAGUUUAAAAUACUUAAUGAUACUGCAAAUCUUGUUUGUUUAAUGAGAAAUUCUUAGACGUAUGAAUGGUCAAAUGAAAAUUGCACACUUCAUGAAUCCAAUACAUCCUAUUUUUGUAAUUGUACAACACUUGCUCCAACAACCAUCUGCAAUGAUUAUGACUACCUUUUUUCAAGCUCCCCUUAAUUCUAAUUGAAUAUUCCCAAUCUUUUAUAUAUUAUUUACUUUGCAUAAUUAAUCAUAUUAGGAAUAUUUUUGAUUAAAGCAAGGAAGUCUCAAAUUGAAAAAUCUAUAGAGAAGAAUAAGUUUGGUUAAGUUCUAAAAUUGGCAAAACGUAGUAAAGUAAAGAUCUUAGGAAAAAAAAUCGUUCCUGUUGAUGAUGAAGUAGUAGUAGUUCCGAUUGAGUAAAUAUAAACUCAAAAUCCAUAAGAACAGACAGAUAAAAAUAAAUUUAGUUUUAAUAACUUUUGGGUACUUAAUAUAUGUUAAUUAUAGAAAUAUCAUUUUUUAACUUCAAUGAUAUUUAAAAAAAUUUGUUACUUGAGCUCAUUUCAUCGAUCUGUUUUGAUUUUAUUGAGGUGGAAUCAAGCUAUUAUUAUUGGAGAAGUUUUAAGUAUUAUUGGAUUCAAUUAUGAUAUUUCUAUGUGGAUCAUCUUGUCAUCAAUCAUUUUUAGUCGAAUUUUUGAAUACAUUUUCAAAGUAAUCAAUUUAUUAUGAUUUAGACUUAAGUCAAAUACUUUUUUUAUAUGAAAUAAGAAAUAAUUCUUUUUACCCUAAAAUUAUUUUAAUUCUUGUUAAUGUUAGGCACAUGUCUAUUUGGAAUAUAUGUCUAUUUUAAGGUCUAGGAUUAAACAGAUUUGGUAUUAAAUACUGAUUAAUUAUUAGAUAAUUUCAUAUACCUUUGCCAUCUUAAUUGAUUUUCUAUUGUUAGAUAUCAUCUAAUUUAGCGCCAAUAAAUUUUUUGGAUAAGAGAAGAAAAAAUUAAUUAGAAAAAAACUUAGAGAAUUUAAAUUUAUAGCGAAGGCAUAGAGCAUCAAUUGA